AUGGGAUUUGUUUCGAUAGCGGUAGCAAUCGGGGUUCACACGGCGAAGCAGCAGCUGGUGCACUCUCCUGGGGUCAGCCUGAGGAAGACGAGGAGGGGAUCGAUGUCGGAGGCCGACCGGCCCGAUCUGGCAACGACCAACGGCCAGAACUUCCUCAACAAAUCCUUCCUCCGCAAAGUUGGUCACAUUCAGCAACAGGACAAACACUGA